AUGACGUCGCGACUCGGAGGCGGCUUGCUCCUCGUAGCAGUCAUGUGCGUGGCGGCGGCGUGCGCUCCGACGAGCUGCGCGCAGCCUCCUCCGCCGACGAAGGCGCAGCUGCGCGCGGAGCUGCAGAGCAUGGCGAAGAGCAUCGUGAAGCGUUACCCGCAGUACUCGCGAUACGCGCAGGACGCCACCAAAUACAUCAACUUCGCACUGAACUCCAAGUACGACCUGUCGGCGCUGCGAGACGCGUCCAUCCUCAUCCCCAACAACGUGCAGGCAGAAGCCCUCGCUAAGAGAAUCCCCGCUAAGAGCAGCAGCAUCCCCACACUGUACAACAUCACAGCGUUCCACAUCCUGCGCCGCCGAAUGACCCUCCCGCAGAUGAGGCAGGUGAAGCUGCGGACAGCGAUAGGCACUCAGCUGAGGCAGCCGCUCUUCAAGAUGACGCCGAUGGGAAACAACAGCGCUGUGUCGUUUGCUAGGGGGCCGUACUUGAAGGCAGACCAGUGGACCACCAUUCGCAUCCCGGGGCUGUAUGUGGGGCGAUGGUUCAUUGCCCAUGGGGUGGAUCGGGUGAUCAUUCCCACUUACACCAAAGUAUGA